AUGCUCGUUGAGUCGGGCGACAGAGAUGCAAGUAUAGUCCGCGCUCAAGAUUACCGAGCUCAGAGUGAAGAAGGCCUACCUUUGCCAUCGGUGGUGGACCUAUCAAUGAAGGCCGCCAUUUAUAACGGCGUGUUCGAUGCCAGCAAUCAAGCCAAUUCUGGUACUGAGCAUCAUUGCUCGACAGGAAAACUUUCACCUUCGCUGGACGAAUAUGAGGCUUCAGCGGUCCGAUUCUCUGCUCUGUAUUCUAAACCAAUCGAUGAUUCCUACGACGCACAAGCAUGGGAAUGCGCCUUGUAUUAUUGUGUUAAUGAAUACAGCGCUUCGGUCAACAAUGGCGAUUUCUUCCAAACCAUUGAAAAAGCAUGGCGUAAUGAUUCUGCAUCUUUGUCUCAGGAGGAGGAUCUCAUCUACAGACCUCCGAAAUCGUUCAUCAACAUAACGGCGAACAGCUCGGAAUUUCACGUGGGCCACCUGGCGGCGAAAGCUCUGAAUAGCUUCUUGACCAGUGCCUUCACAGGCAGUGGUGGGAUCGAAGAUCCAGACGCAGGCUCAUAUUUCUCGUCAGAUGUCAUUCACGCAUUUUACGAAACCGAUGAUCUUCCCACGCGAAUUGACAAUCUCGCGAUCUCAAUGUCGAACAAUAUACGUCAACAGAACAAUAGCGGGUCUCAGCCAUUUCAAGGAAAAGCAAUGAAAGGUCAAACUCAUUUGCAGGUUCGAUGGGCUUGGCUUGCUUAUCCGGCAGUACUACUAGCCAUCACACUAGUAUACCUGACCUGCGUCAUGAUCCAAACAAGAAGGGGGCGUAUCUUAGUAUGGAAAUCUUCUUCUCUUGCGCUCCUCUUCCACGGUCAGCAGCUCCAUCUAGGUGGGAACGAUUCAUUGCCGGCAGAUACGUUGAGCGCCAUGGGCAAGAAGGCUUCUGAUAUGCAAAUUGGUCUGUCUCAAAAUGAUGAUGGUAGGUGGCGGCUUGUGCAGAUUUAG